UAAUUGGUUUUCCUGCUAAGAAGCCUCUAAAUAUAAGAAGCUUUAGUUUAGAGUUAUAUAGGCAUGUUUGAGGAGGAUAUAAUUGAAGUGUUAAAGUGAUAGUAAGUGAAGAAGAUUAGUAAAUAGUUAGUAGAUGUAAUGUAAUAAUAUAAAGAAUAAUGUGAUGUUAGUUAGAAGUUAGAAGUUAGAAGUAGAAGGAAGGAGGUUAAUUAGCGGGGAGGCAAAGGAAAAGACAAAGGUAAGAAAAAGAAAGAGUGGAUGAGUCAUGAGUUGACUAGUGACUUUAGAUAUAACAUAUAAGAUUAAGCAGGGAAGUGGUUAGGGUUGUUUUCGUUUUCUGGGUUAUGUUAUGAGUCUUGAUUAGAGGACAGAGGAAGAGAGAGCAAUGGUGGCUCAGAAGCAGACGGUGGUGGUUGUGGCACUGGCACUGGCACUGGCACUGAUGAUGGUGAUGGUCGCAGAAGCAGAUCUGGCGUCGGAGAGAGCAGCAUUGCUGGCGCUACGCUCGGCAGUGGGAGGGCGGACCCUCUUCUGGAACGCCACGCGGGAGAGCCCCUGCACGUGGGCGGGGGUCCAAUGCGAGCACGACCACGUGGUGGAGCUGCAUCUCCCCGGCGUGGCUCUCUCGGGGGAAAUCCCCAACGGAAUAUUCGGGAAUCUGAGCCACCUCCGCACCCUGAGCCUCCGGUUCAACGCUCUGAGAGGGUCCCUCCCUUCAGAUCUGGGCUCCUGCGUGGACCUCCGGAACCUCUACAUACAGCGCAACCUCCUCAGCGGCCAAAUCCCAUCCUUUCUCUUUCACUUACCUCACCUCGUCCGACUCAACAUGGGCUUCAACAACUUCUCCGGCCCAUUUCCGACCGCCUUCAACAACCUCACCCGCUUGAAAACCCUCUUUCUCGAAAGCAACCGCCUCUCAGGCCCAAUCCCCGAGUUAGCCAAACUCUCCCUCGACCAGUUCAAUGUCUCCAACAACAUCCUCAACGGCUCUGUCCCUCUUAAGCUUCACACAUUCCCCCAGGACUCUUUCCUCGGUAACUCUCUCUGUGGGAAGCCCCUCUCUCUCUGCCCCGCCGAUGUUGCCGAUCCUAUCUCCGUCGACAACAACGCCGGGAACAAUAACAAUAACAACAACCACACAAAGUUGUCCGCUGGCGCCAUUGCGGGGAUAGUUAUCGGAUCGGUCGUCUUUCUUCUGUUGCUGCUCUUCCUCUUCAUUUUCCUUUGCAAGGGCAAGACCGGCAAGAAGACCAGCGCGGUCGACAUUGCUGCGGUCAAAAUUCCCGACCCCGAGGGGGAGGUUGUUGCUGAUAAGGGCGUUUCGGAUGUCGAGAGCGGUGGUCGCGCCAACGGCCAUGGGAAUGGCAACUCUGCGGUGGCUGUGGCGGCGGUGGCGGCGGCGGAAGGGAACGGCGGUGCUGGGGCCAAGAAGCUGGUAUUUUUCGGGAAUGCGGCUCGGGCGUUUGAUUUGGAGGAUUUGCUGAGGGCUUCGGCGGAGGUGUUGGGGAAGGGGACGUUCGGGACGGCGUACAAGGCGGUUCUGGAGGCGGGGCCGGUGGUGGCUGUGAAGAGGUUGAAGGAUGUGACGAUUUCGGAGAAGGAGUUUAAGGAGAAGAUUGAGACUGUGGGAGCGAUGGAUCACCAGAGUUUGGUUCCUCUGAGGGCUUACUAUUUCAGCAGGGAUGAGAAGCUUCUUGUCUAUGAUUACAUGCCCAUGGGAAGCUUGUCUGCACUCUUGCAUGGAAAUAAAGGGGCGGGUAGGACACCACUGAAUUGGGAAGUGAGAUCAGGCAUUGCGCUUGGUGCUGCCCGUGGCAUUGAGUACCUACAUUCACGAGGGCCUAAUGUUUCUCAUGGAAAUAUUAAGUCAUCCAACAUCCUCUUAACCAAAUCAUAUGAUGCCAGAGUAUCUGACUUUGGCCUUGCACACCUUGUUGGCCCCUCCUCUACCCCCAACCGUGUUGCCGGCUACCGUGCGCCCGAGGUGACGGAUCCUCGCAAGGUAUCUCAGAAGGCAGAUGUGUACAGCUUUGGCGUAUUGCUCUUGGAACUUCUGACUGGGAAGGCACCUACCCAUGCUCUCCUCAACGAGGAGGGAGUAGACCUUCCAAGAUGGGUUCAAUCAGUGGUUAGAGAAGAGUGGACUUCUGAGGUCUUUGAUCUUGAGCUCCUUAGGUAUCAGAAUGUGGAAGAGGAGAUGGUUCAGUUGUUGCAACUUGCAGUUGAUUGUGCAGCACAAUACCCUGACAAGCGCCCAUCAAUGUCUGAAGUGGUAAGGAGCAUAGAAGAGUUGCGAAGGUCUAGCUUGAAAGAGGACCAGGACCAAAUCCAACAUGAUCCCACCAAUGAUAUACUACUAUAGAAGAUGUAUCUUCUUCUCCCUGAGUUUCCUCUGGACUCUGCUUUGUCAGAGUCCGACACCAUAUUUUACUUGCUAAAUCCUGUGCGUAUGUUGGUUGUAUUCUGUAGCUUGGGCCCCAAAUUUCUUUGGCACCAAACUUUUGAAUUUCUUCCUUCUUUUUCUCCUCAAAUCUCCAUUGUGCCAUCUCCCCCUUUUUCUUCCCAAUUAAUACAUUGGGGGAGUGGAUAUCUGUUCCAUUAGUUAUUGUUGUUGGAUUCUGGUUGAUUGUAAUUAUUAUUUUUGCUUUAACAUCCCUUUUUCUUAUU